AUGACUAACACAACUCACGAGACGGAGCAUGGGGAAGCCAUUUAUGGACCUGGUACAUUUAUUGACAAGAUUGUACUUCCAGUACCCGAAGACUCUCGUCGUGUUUUUGAGCUUCUCGCAUCCAUAACUCCUGGCUUUACCAAGGACAAGGCGCUAUGGGAUUCUAUCAAAUUUGAAGGACUCCCAGAGCCUAUGGUACCCGGGCCCAUGAAAUCCCCCGUCAUAUCUGCGGCUGUGCACGCUAUGUGCGGGCUAGUCGGGAAUGAACUUCUAGAAAUUAGGGAUGGCAAACCUGCGGGGGAAGCUAGUGUGACUGUCAACACCGAUCAUGCUGGAAUCUGGCUCGCCUCCACAUUUACUGUGCACUUGAACGGGACGGAUGUCUCAACAUUGGCCCUGAAUGGAACAUUGAACGAUAUUUUCACAAAGGACUUCGAGCAAGGAUUUGGAAAGGACCCUUUGUCUGGAAGAGCGACUGCACUAUAUCCUACUAAAGAUUCCGAUGUGUGGUACCAACUUCAUGGAUCGCUGGAUGCGAGCAAGACGCUUGUUUCGAUGGGGAUGAAUAUGCAUGUGCCCCUAAAAAGCUUUGCGGAGGGAUAUGAUUAUAUCCGUGAACAUGUUGAAAUGUGGAGUGCUGAUGAACUUGAAAUGCAUAAUGUGCGACAUGGAUUGUGCGGAAGUAUCUGUUACUCCCCAGAGGGCUGGAGGAAGACAGAGAUGGGAAAGAGACUCGCGGAGCACCCUCUCAUCAACUACACACUUGAGUCUUAUGCAUCGCCCACGCCACCAGUACCGCUUCCUAACCUUCCUGAUCGACGACCUUUGGCUGGAAUCAAAGUCAUCGAGAUGGUGCGAAUCAUUGCCGGCCCUACUGUUGGCGUUAUUUUGUCAUCCUUUGGUGCUGAUGUUAUCCGCGUGAAUUGCAGCAAGCUUCCAGAUUUGAACGUUUUGCAAUUAACUCUUAAUGCCGGAAAGCGGACUAUUGAUCUUGAUAUAAGCAACGAGACCGAUAUGGCCCAUCUCAAGGAUCUUAUCAGCGAGGCAGACAUUUUCAUUCAAGGUUUCCGAUAUAAGUCUCUAGAGCGAAAGGGACUUGGUCUGCAGAGCUUGUUGGAGAUAGCUGCAAAGAGGAAUAAGGGUAUAGUAUACGUUGACGAGAACUGCUACGGUCCAAAUGGACCCUUUGCCGAGCGACCCGGUUGGCAGCAGAUUGGAGAUGCCGCUUCGGGCGCUUCAUAUGUCAUGGCCAAGGCUUGGGGCUACAAGGAAGGAACAGGUGUCCUCCCACCUCUGCCGAUUUCCGACAUGAUUACUGGUGCCAUUGGUGCUCUGGCGGCUAUGAUGGCUAUUCGGGACCGUGCCAGAAACGGAGGCUCAUACCAUGUUCUCAGCUCUCUGGUCGCAGCCGACACAAUCUUGGUUGACCCCGAGAUUGGACUUUAUCCAAUGGAUGUUGUACAACGAACACUGGAUAAAUUCCAGUUUGCCCGCUCCACUCCCGACCAAUAUGUGUCGGAGAUCCUGAUGCAGGUUAUCGCUGGCUGGAAGAGAAAAUUCCCUGAAUAUCUGGCUCAAAAUUCUCCAUUUAUGACCACUUUUGAGGACACUCCCUGGGGACGUUUGGAUAUGUUGAAACCUGUUGCGCAGUUGAGUGAUAAGGAGGCAACACCUCGCUGGACGAGCUGUCCGAUCUUUAAUUGCCAGGAAGAAGGUGCCAGCAUGAGCUGGUGA